UAACAUGUCCAUUUUUGUCUUUUCACGCCCCACCCCCACCCCCACACCCACCCCACCCCCUUUCUAUCACUUUCCUUUUUUGCUUCACUCUCCAUAAGCUCAAACACUCACUUUCUUGCAAAAAAACUUUACUUUUGCAAUUUCAAUUCUCUCCAAUGGGUUCUCGAACCGGGUCACACCAGCUAAGAAAUGGGUUAAUUGUAUCGGGUCGACCCGAACAGCUCAAAGAGAAGCAACCCACUGUUGCUUCCCGCGCUAUUCCUUACACUGGCGGGGAUGUGAAGAAGUCCGGUGAGCUUGGAAAAAUGUACGGUAUAGAUUUCUCUAGUGGGGACCACCACCACUACUACAACUCAAUGGGGGGCCCACCAAUUCUGAAACCGUCUUCAAGGGGUUGUUCAUCUAGUGGAUCCAUUAGAUCCGGGUCGAAUUCGGGUCAAAUGGGUCACGUCCCAAUUCCCACGAAAUCGUCUUCUUCGAGCUCCGGGCAGCUUGAUGGUUCCAUUAGAGUCGGGUCGGGUUCGGGUCAAUUGUGUCACGGCUCAAUUCCCAAGAAAUUGUCCUCUUCGAGCUCCGGGCAGCUCGAUGGGUCCAUUAGAGUCGGGUCGGGUUCGGGUCAAAUGGGUCACGGCCCGAUUCCCAAGAAAUCAUCUUUAUCCAGCUCUGGGCCAAUUCAGCCAACAGGUUUAAUUACUUCCGGUCCAUUGAGUUCCACUACAGGUCGGCGGUCGGGUCAGCUUGAACCGGCCGGUUCGUUUAAGAAAGUUGUAUACGGUUCAGCUGUGACCGGUUUAACUGAUGAUGUUAAGAUUAAGUUUAAGGUUUCGAGAGUGGCAAUGUGGGUUCUGGUUGUGGUGGUGUUGAUUGGUUUAAUGGCUGGUGGUUUUGUAAUGGCAGCAGUGAAAAAAUCAGUGAUUUUGGUGGGUGUUGGUGGGGUUUUAGCUCCAAUUAUGGUGAUUUUAGUGUGGAAUUACGCGUACAAAGAGCGAGGAUUGGUGGGUUUUUUGAGAAGAUAUGCUGAUGCUGAGCUUAGAGGUGCUGUUGAUGGACAGUAUGUGAAGGUUACUGGGGUUGUCACCUGCGGCAGUAUCCCUCUUGAAACAAGUUUUCAGCGGAUACCAAGAUGUGUAUAUGCUUCUACAGAAUUGCUUGAAUACAAAGGUUGGGCUGGAAAAUCUGCACAUCCUAGACACCGUUGCUUUUCAUGGGGAAGCAGGCAUUCAGAGAAACAUGUUGCCGAUUUCUAUAUAUCAGACUUCCAGACUGGAUUAAGAGCGCUGGUUAAGGCAGGCUACGGAGCAAAGGUGGCGCCAUUUGUAAAACCAACAACAGUUGUUGAUAUAACGAGGAGUAACAGGGAGUUGUCUCCCAACUUCCUGCGCUGGCUCGCUGAUCGUAGCCUCUCGAGUGAUGACCGUGUAAUGCGUCUGAAAGAAGGUUACAUCAAAGAAGGGAGUACCGUAAGUGUCACGGGCGUAGUAAGACGCCAAGACAACGUGCUAAUGAUCGUUCCACCACCCGAGCCUAUAUCAACAGGCUGUCAAUGGACACGUUGUCUUCUUCCCACCUACGUAGAAGGUCUCAUCUUAACCUGUGACGAUACUCAGAACGCCGAUGUAAUUCCUGUAUAGGUAUAUACCACCAAUUUUGGUUACUCCACGAGUUAUGACAACACGACAGCACGACGCUAGCAAAGGCGCCCGCCCCCGCCCCCGCCCCAGCCUUGUUCGGUUCCUAUGCAAAUAUUCAACUGUAUGUAAGAUUGCAUAGAAGAACAAAACUGUUCCUCUUGAGUAGCUAAGCUUGUUGUAUCAAUGUAGAUUUCAUUAUAUCUUAGUUUGUUUUUAACUGCAUUAUGUAUACCAUACUUAUUAUGUUUAUAAUAUGUAUGUAUAUUUUUCA